UUUCGAAGAAAAAAAAAAAACAUCAAAAGAAAAAGUAAAAAACCCCUCUCUGUCCCCCGCCGUUCCUCCACCGCCGCGGCCGAAAUCUUAAUUCCGAUCAGAUCCCUAAUUCAGCUGUGGAGAAAAGACACUGACGCAUCUCCGGCAGCGCGCACAAUGUCGUACAGCGACACGAUCCCGCUGAACGCCUCCUCCCAAUCUGACAUCGACGAGAUCGAGAAUCUCAUCAACUCUCACCCGUCCUCCGUCCUCCCAGCUCGGCCCCCUUCCCCCACACGCGCCUCCAUUCCGGUCUCCUCAUCCCCCUCCGCGCCGCCACCUCCGCCGCCCACCUUCAUCCCCUCCAACCUCCCGCCGCCGGCAGCUCCCAAACCGACGCCAGUAACCUCCUCCGCGCCGAAAGUUCCCGCCGCCAGCGGAUCUGGCAGCUCAAGCGGCGGUAUAGCGGCGUCUGGGUUCGGGUCGCCGCCAAAUACUCUGACCGAGCCUGUUUGGGAUACCGUGAAGAGGGAUUUGUCGCGGAUCGUUAGCAACUUGAAGCUGGUUGUUUUCCCCAAUCCUUUCAGGGAGGAUCCAGGGAAGGCUUUGAGGGAUUGGGAUCUAUGGGGACCCUUCUUCUUCAUUGUUUUCCUUGGCCUUACUCUUUCAUGGUCUGCUUCCGUUAAAAAGUCCGAAGUUUUUGCUGUCGCAUUUGCCUUACUCGCUACUGGUGCUGUAAUUCUGACCUUGAAUGUCUUGCUUCUGGGCGGUCACAUAAUAUUCUUCCAGAGCCUUAGUCUGCUGGGCUAUUGCCUAUUUCCCCUCGACAUUGGAGCCUUGAUCUGCAUGCUUGUAAGCAACGUGAUUGUGAAGGUGGUAAUGGUGGCCGUUACACUUGCAUGGAGCUCGUGGGCAGCAUACCCCUUCAUGAGCACAGCCGUUAACCCACGGAGGAAAGCCCUUGCCCUCUACCCCGUUCUCCUCAUGUACGUGUCCGUGGGCUUCCUCAUCAUUGCCAUCGAUUGACACGCAUCAUGUUCAACGAUUUGUGGUAUGUUUGCAUCACACUUAAUGAUUAACCUAAUCAAUAUAUAACUCUUGUGAAACCGACUAGCUUCAUUUAUAUGUAAGCCUAUACACAAUGAUUCGUGUCGAUAACUUGUGAAGCUUUUUUUAAUAAAGUUCGGAUGUUAAUGGAAAUGGAUGUGAGUAUGGAUGCGUGUACGUAUGGAGAUUUCCCAUUUCAAUUUUGUUGUUCGAGUUCGUGUUUCAUUCCGUUGGAUGAAUGACAAGUGUGCAUAACGAUGUUACAUUGAUACAAGUAUCAUUCAUCGGGUUUGGGUUGGCAGACUCGGAUCCAAACUUAUUUCAUUAUUUGGACCAUUAAAACUGGACCUAAAUGAUGGAUUUGGGGACCAUUUGUCUGUAAAGAAAUCUGGUGGACUCAUAUCCAGACUUAUUUGAAGCACUAUAACUGGGCCUGAAGAGGAUGUAUUGUGGAUCGUUGCAAUAUUAAAAAAGAAAAGACUAGUUGGCCCAUAUAUGCAUAUUUGGACCGUUACGACUGGGCUUGAAUGAGAUAAAUUUGGGGACCCAUAGGGACAAUUAAAUCUUUCUCAGUAGUAUCGACUAUCACGUGUCGUGAGCUUUUACAGGCUGUCUUUGUUGUUUGUCUAAUUUGAGGCCAACAAACAGUCUACGGAAAUCGGGCAGUAUAAAUCCUCAUAACUUCAAGAUAUAGAAAAGCGUGAUUUUUUUAUUUUUUAUUUUGAUUGGUAAAGGAAGGUGCUCAGGCAGAGCUUGCAGUAAAGCUGAGCCCAAUUUAAAACAUUCUGAU